CGCGACCAAAGAGAAACCCAGUGACGUCACGCCUGUGUGGGUAAACAACAUUUAAAAAGCAUCAGCUGUGACAGGAAAUAACUGAACGUGGGCUUUUGGACGCGAGGUCGCCGUGACGUCAUGGAGAGGAGGUCAACGUGUACGGACGACCUGUCCAUGGGGGGGAAGGGCGGCCUCAGUGGGCAGGACUUUUCGGAGACUCUCCCCUGGGAGGUGAGCCAGAGCAUCUUCGCAAGGCUGGACCCUCCCAGCCUUUGCUGCGCCACGCUCACCUGCCAGCGCUGGAGGUCCCUGAUCCAGGGCUGCGACCUGCUCUGGAGGGGCGGCUGUCUGGAAGUCCGGGCCGUGUGCCAGAGGGAGGUGGACCGCGACCGCGGAGAAGGACUCUCCUGGAAGGUCACCCUGGUUAGGAACUACGUGGUCAGUCUGGUGAAGAGGGACUGGCUGGCGGGCCGCUACAGCAGCGUGCGCUCAGCCGAGGAGCUGCUGGGCCGCAGGAUGUGCCCGCUGGACGUCCAUGCCUGGGGCGAGAUCCUGGAGGCGGAGCUCCAACGAUGACCUUUCAGCUCUCAACCCACAUGCCUCUUCACAGUGUUUCCUUCUGAUAGAUUUUUUAAAUACCUUGACAUGAUGACAAGGGCUUCUUUGAAGCAGCGAAGAAGACACGUUGUAUAUUCUGUUUAUACUGCCCUGUGUGUGUGUGUGCAUGUGUGUGCGCGUGUUUUUUUGAGUCAUAAUAAUAAUAAUGUGAUAUAUGUGAUAAUGUGAUACCUGAGACAAAAUGGCCAGAGAUUUCUUUUUUUGUAUAUAGAUAAUCACAUUUUAUUUUGAUCACUUGAGUACCAUGGUAAAGAAAUGUUGUUUUAACCUGCUGUAUUUAUUUCAUAUGUUCUCCUGAAUGAGCAUCUAA